UGUAUUAUAGGUGUCCUUGAAGAAUGGAUCCACCAGUAACAGAUUUAGGACGGAACAAGAAGAUUGAUGAAGAAUUGAGAGACGAAGGUCCCUUGUUCCAUUGUGAUCUUGUUGAUUCCGAAGUUGUCCACAAAAUAGCACAAGUUAUUCUACCAGGAUUAGCCACAGCAUGUGUUGAUAACACAACUGGUGAUCCCUUCAGGAACCCAGGUUCAGUGGCUGUUGAUAUAAGAAAGGAAAUGGUGGACUAUCUUAACUUAAGAAGUGAAACAUAUAUUGCAGAAACAGUGAUCCAAAAAGAUGAUGAUCUAGAUGUAGAAACUUCUGACCAUCCCACUGAUAUUAUUUCAGAUUUUAUUGAUGACUUUGCAAUUUCAAAGAGGAACUUUUUUAGUCGGGUUUCAGGAUGGCUACUAAGUGAAAGGAGGGAGGACAAAAUAGAUGAUUUUGUGCAAGAAAUGGAAAUAAAUGGGUUUUGGUUGAUGGAUAGAAGGGAAGCCAUUGGUAAGAAUCUACUGAAGAAUGUUGACUUCAAAGAUUUAUUCCACUGCAAAAUGAAAUUUUAUACUGCAGAAGAACUUGCUGAGCAUAGCUGUAAGUGCAUGUUUAGGUCCACAACUUGUACAAACGAGGGUUGUAGUUAUAAUUUUUGUGCAGUGCACUUGGAAAAGCAUGAUGCAGUUUGUCCCUACAAGGUCCUUCCAUGUGAGCAGAAGUGCUCAGAGAGCAUUGCAAGGCGUGAGAUGGAUAGGCAUUGUAUAACUGUUUGCCCAAUGAAACUUGUGAAUUGCCCUUUCUAUCUUGUAGGCUGUCAAUAUUCCAUUCCUCUUUGUGGUAUUGACAAACACUGUUCAGAGUUUCUUCAUUCUCAUUUGCUUUAUGUUCUCGAAGCAAUUCAUAGAGAAGCACAUUGGGAGGAUCUUAACCAUCGAGUUGAACUUCUGGAAAAGGUUUCAUUUCUUAGCCACCUUUUGAUUUUCUUAAUAUUUCAUUGUUUCUGUCUUCUCUUGCAGCAGAAUGGAUACAUUUUGAUGACUUGAUAUUGUUUAUAACUU